AUGGCUGGUGAUAAUAACACACUUCUAACUGAAAUAUAUAUAAUUCUUCUUAUUAUCGCAUCGGGGGCUUUGUUGAUUGCCUUAUAUCAUUGUAUCUCAAUGCUUUGGUGGGAUUUACAACGACAUAGAAGACAAAGAGGCCCAAUAGAAAUACAAUUACAAACAAAUGAUAUAAGUUUUGAUAAUUCUGUAGCGGAACUAAUCCCAGCCCAUAAGCAUAAAAAGGUAAUGGGCUCGGACGAUGAUGAGCCCAUGUGCGCAGUUUGUCUAAGUGACUUCGAGGAAGGGGAAGAGCUACGAACUUUGCCCGAUUGUAUGCACUCGUUUCAUGUCCCGUGUAUCGAUAUGUGGUUGUACUCGCAUCGUAAUUGUCCUGUUUGUAGAAUGGAUGCGACCACUAUAGCGACACCUUUGGUUGAAAUUGUAUAUAUAGUUGACCCACAACCACAAGACCGUCAAGACGAGGAAGAGGUAAUUACAAGACCAUUAAAUCUUGAUGUACCACAAGAUCUUAGAAGCUCAACGUAA